AUGACGGGAGCGCCCACAAUUCCAGCUCUGCGCACCUCGUACACGGCAACAGAACGCGGCCUCGCCCUCGCCGCCCCAAUCAUGGCCCUGUCCAAACUGCCACAGCGUCAACCAGGGCUCGACCAAUGUUACGCAGAGGCCGCAGAGGCGGCGCAAGCUUUCCAGCAUCAGCAUCAGCGCCAGCCCAAGGCCAGCCCCCCGGCUGCACCUCCGAUCGAGGCAGCCUGUGCUCAUCAUCCGACCACGGCCACUGCAACCGCCGCCAUCACAGAUCACCACCAUCAGCCAAAUCAUGUCGCCUUUGUGACCAAGAAUUCCCUGCUGGUAGAAACACCAGCACAAGCACCGGCGCCAGUAGCAGCAGCAGCAGCAGCAGCAGCAGCAAGCCACACCUGCAACAGUGAUGAAAUGUGGCAAAAGCACUUCAAGCACCUGCCCAGAGGCUCCAGGCCCAUCAGCUUUGUCGGUGAGGGCGCAGCCAACGCCGUAUUUGAGAUCAAGGUUCCCCAACACGGCGUAACAGAUCAAAGUUUCAAAGGCCUGUUGCUGCGAGUGGCCAAGGUUCCAGCACUCGGCCAGCCCACCGCGUACAAUUACCUCUUUCAGCACAAAUUCUACCAGACUACGAUCCGGCCCCUACUCGGCAAUCGCGCCAUUCACCAGGAGCUCGUCAUCCUGCGCAACACGGGCAUCGUCGACGAGCUCAACCACCUGCUCCAGGACCUCGACCACACCCGCAAGCCCAAAUUCCGCGGCUCCUAUGUCGGCCAGUCUGACUGGGGCCUCCUCAUCGAGGACAUGCGACCCGACCCCAAGGCCCCGGCGCCGCGCAUUCUCGUCGAGUUCAAGCCUAAGUGGCUCUCGCAGUCGCGCAGCGCCCCGGCUCGCGCCGUCCGCUGCCGCCAGUGUGCCCUCGAGCUCCAGCGCAUGCUGAGCAAGGUCCCUGCCGCCCCCGCCAGCGGCGGCAUCGCGGCUUUUGCCCCCGAGCGCAAGCCUUGUCCGCUGGCGUUGGUGGACGAGGAGGCGCCCUCGGCUGUGGCAUCACCGUUUCGCAUCGCACCGCAGCUGGUUGACGCGCCCGAGCGGGAGAACCUCCAGACGUCGCUGGAGCGCAUCCUGCAGGACCCAUUCCUGGACGAUUUGUGCGCACAGCAGGAGGAGCUGGACACAACGGGCCCGCUGCGCGCCAGCCCCGAUGACGAAAAGUUUGGUAUCGCCAUGACGAUUCGCGACUGCACGUGUUUUGCGCUGAUCCCAAGGAACGACGCGGCCCGCGGCCCAGAAGACAUAAAAAUACGCCUUGGCGAUUUAGACUGGAAGGAUCCACAGACCAAGAUCCGGCACUGGCGCGGCACCGAACAGUCCCUCAUCGACGGCGGCUUCUACACGGCCGACUGGAUUCUGUGCGACGGCAAAUACUACCAUCCGCCGACGCUGUGCCUGCUUGAGUGGAAGCCAAGGCCGCCUUGCACUGUCGCGCCUCAUGUCAUACAGUUGCACGACGCGUCCGCCAGCACGCCCAUCAGCGCAGACGUCACUGAAGAACCGCAUGUAUUCAGACAUGUGGCGAAUACGGCUAUGCUCAAGGAAAAGCUACAGCCACAUGUCGGCGGUGGCGGCGGCGCGGCGGCGGUGAACCCGCAUCGCCCGCCGCCUUGCUCAAUGACGCAACGGACGCACGCGCCUGCACUUCACAGAGACAGUGGCCAGAGGUGA